AAAUUGCCAAAUAUUCCAUCAUUCUCAGAUACAAGGACAAGUGAUCAAGGCAAUAUUCGUAAGUUGGAUGAGACCGAUCGAAAGGCACUCCAUAAGUAUUUAAUUGAAAACCAAGAAAAAAUGGCCAAAGACUUACAAACGCGUAGAGUUAAAUCUAUAAAUCCUGCUAGUUCCGCAAAUAUUAUACUUGAUCAGGCUCAAACAAGCAAACAAGCAUGGGAUAAAAUUUCUACAUUGCUAGCUCAUCUUGGUCCUCCAGCUGAGAGUCAAAAGAAAGACUUGUUUCAGAGCAAUAAUAAUCGUCAUUUUGAGACAAAUCAUCAGCUUUUCACUGAAUUUAUGCAUCGAAAUGCUAAUCGUUCAGUUGAUUCUAUAAUAUCAAAAUCAUUAUUUUAUGAUGGUGCCUUAUCAAAGGAAAGGAGGCAAGUGUUUUAUUUAAUAUUAAGACGAUUUGAGGCAGAGUCCACUGAUAUGGAUCUCUUAAUGUACCAUAUUCUUCAAGUAAUUGAACCAUAUAUCUCUAAACCAUACGAACUGCUGGUUGAUGUUACACAAUUUGGACAAGCAAAUGAAAUACAAUUCCAAUGGGUGCAACAAUUCGUGCAAAUUCUCCCAUUUAAUGCCAUCGAAAAUCUAGCAGCUUUAUAUUUUUAUAAUCCAAAUAAAGAACUUCAUCAAUAUAUAGCACCUCAAGAUGUUAGAUUGCCAAACAGAACAAUGCAACUUGAUACUGAUCUGCCCCAAAUAUUCAGUCCUGUAAUAAAGAUUUCACAUUACAGAAUGCAAGUUCCUGUUACUAUGAAGAUCAGUAAUGAAACCAUUCAAAUAAUAACGCAAAGGAGACAAGAAAUAUUUAAUGGAUUAAGCUGUUAUCUCAAUGAUGUAUAUCACAUUUCAGAGAUUGAAGACGUCGUCCUUUCUUCUCACAGGCAUGAUGAUGAAUUUAUUAUUAAACAAGACCUCGGAAGACCAACACUUGCUUUUACAAGUCCAAAAAAAGAAGCUAUAAUUCAAGCUAUUCGCUCUUCUAAAGCCAGAUAUCAAAUAGCAAAACCCACAAAUAUUACUGAGAGAGUAAUUCGACCUAAUGAUGUCCCCGGUACAUUAUUAAAUAUGGCGCUCCUUAAUAUAGGUAGUGAAGAUCCGAACUUGAGGCUUGCAGCAUAUAAUUUACUUGUAGCUUUGA